UUUCGCCAAGCUUCCAUUUGCUCGUCCCAUCCAGCUUUAAAGUUGGCUGCGUUCGCCUCCUUCUCUUCCACUCUCGAUCUAUCCGCAUCUUCCAAGCUGGGUACGGGUGGCGCCAGGAAGUCUCAUCGUUACAUUGCUGUCGAAUCUCUAGUCACUCGGCCCUCGCUGUGUCAACAUGUCGACGACCAAAACUGUCCGUGCAUACAAGUACCUCAAGCGUGGCAAGCCAGCCGAUGUGCUCCAGCUCGAUGAUCGUCACCAGGUGCCAAAGCCAGGCGACGACGAGCUCUUGAUCAAGGUCAAAGCCGUUGGCCUGAACCCGGUGGACUGGAAGAUCAUGAACUACCUGCCGUCUUUCAUUGCGAAACACCCAGCCAUUGCUGGGUGUGACUACAGCGGCACCGUCUUGGAGUCCUCUUCUGCCGACUUUGCGGCCGGGGAUGAAGUCUUUGGGAUUGUGCACUCGACACUGAAGGUGUCAAAGGGCCUCGGCUCUCUCGCCGAAGAGAUCGUCGCACCUACACCCUCCUGCGCCAAGCGGCCAGAGCACGUGGAGGCAGUACCAGCGGCCGGCCUCCCGCUUGUCGGUCUCACUGCCAUUGUCUUGUCGAGAGAGGUGGAGUGGGCGCUGAAGAAGAAGGAGGACGCGCCCAAGGUGCUCGUGUCCGGCGGAAGUUCUUCGGUGGGGCUCCAGCUGGUCCCUGUGCUUAAGCACAAGGGAUGCUUUGUCGCUGCGACGUGCAGCGCAGCAAAGGCAGACAUGGUCAAGGGCCGCGGGGCCGACGUCACGUUUGACUGUGAGAUUUUCAACGACGUCGGCUCUUUUCGCUUUGCUUGCCACCGCUGAACCUUCUCUCCUCCUCAUCUCAACCUGCAGACAAGGAGGGAAACCUGGCAGAAAAGCUUAACAGCCACGUGAAAGAACACGGGCCUUUCGACAUGAUUCUCGACUGUGCAGAUGCCUUUGAAGUCUGGAAGACGGCAGGGAAAACGCUU